GGCGAGAACUGGAGGGGGUUCCGAAAAGCGGCGGGGCGCUGCGGGGGGCGGAAAUAGGGCACAUACCCGGAGGUGAGACUGGAGUGCUCUGGUGGUGGAGCUGGAACUUGGAGGAAAGCCGGGAGGCAGGAUACACAGCGCGGGGGGAGGCUGGGUGAGGUCUGGGUAGUUGGUAAGAUCCGGAGGUGAUCAAUUCGGCGGUGACAGGAGCCGGCUGAGAAGGCAGGCUGGGUGCGGAGAAAGGGUCUUGGAGGGAGCCCCCGGCGGUGUCGGCUGGGGGAGGAGAACUGAGCAGAGAUCCAGGGCGAGGUGGGGAGAAGGCACGGCGGGAGCUCAGUAGGCGAUGGGCUCAGUAAGCAGGUGGGCUGAGAUGUGAGGCGCGUACAGAGAAGUAAGACAGUGUCCAGGCAGAGGUGAGGAAAAGUCUGGGGUGAAGGCAUCUUAAAUGUGAGGCCAGCAGAGGCUGAGGGCGGUCCCAGGGUGAGAGGGUGCUCAGGGACCCCAGGCCUGGUUGGGGCACCCCUCAUGGGGGAGGCCCCUCCCCGGGGGUCGCCGGAGCCAUGCUGUCCCGCAAGGGCAUCAUCCCGGAGGAGUACGUGCUGACGCGGCUGGCGGAGGACCCCGCAGAGCCCCGGUACCACGCGCGUGAGCGGCGGGCGCGCUUCGUGUCCAAGAACGGCAACUGCAACGUGGCACACAAGAACAUCCGAGAGCAGGGCCGCUUCCUACAGGACGUUUUCACCACCCUUGUGGACCUCAAGUGGCCGCACACGCUGCUCAUCUUCACCAUGUCCUUCCUGUGCAGCUGGCUGCUCUUCGCCAUUGCCUGGUGGCUCAUUGCCUUCGCCCACGGCGACCUGGCCCCCAGCGAGGGUGCCCCCAUGCCCUGCGUCACCAGCAUCCACUCCUUCUCCUCCGCCUUCCUUUUCUCCAUCGAGGUCCAGGUGACCAUAGGUUUCGGCGGGCGCAUGGUGACCGAGGAGUGCCCGCUGGCCAUUCUCAUCCUCAUUAUGCAGAACAUCGUGGGGCUCAUGAUCAACGCCAUCAUGCUGGGCUGCAUCUUCAUGAAGACGGCCCAGGCCCACCGGCGGGCGGAGACGCUCAUCUUCAGCAAGCACGCGGUGAUCGCCGUGCGCCACGGCCGCCUCUGCUUCAUGCUGCGGGUGGGCGACCUCCGCAAGAGCAUGAUCAUCAGCGCCACCAUUCACAUGCAGGUGGUGCGCAAGACUACGAGCCCCGAGGGCGAGGUGGUGCCCCUCCACCAGGUGGAUAUCCCCAUGGAGAAUGGCGUGGGCGGCAACAGCAUCUUCCUGGUGGCCCCCCUCAUCAUCCACCAUGUCAUCGACGCCAACAGCCCUCUCUACGACCUGUCACCCGGCGACCUGAACCACCACCAGGACCUCGAGAUCAUCGUCAUCCUGGAAGGUGUGGUGGAAACCACGGGCAUCACCACCCAGGCCCGCACCUCCUACCUGGCGGAUGAGAUCCUGUGGGGCCAGCGCUUCGUGCCCAUUGUGACCGAGGAGGAUGGCCGCUACUCCGUGGACUACUCCAAGUUUGGCAACACCAUCAAGGUGCCCACACCACUCUGCACAGCCCGCCAGCUCGAUGAGGACCGCAGCCUGCUGGAUGUCCUGCCCCUCUCCUCUGCGCGUGGGCCCCUGCGCAAGCGCAGUGUGGCCGCGGCCAAGCCCAAGCCCAAGCCAAAGUUUAGCAUCUCUCCAGAUUCCCUGCCCUGAGCUGUGGUCUCUCAGGCCCCGCACACACCCGUGUGUGCACACAAGCACUGUGGUAUGGUAUGUAGAGUGGGCGUGGUGGGGCCAAACCAGGACCUGCUGUGAGGUGGGCCCUCCUCAGCUCAGCCUCCCCCCUGCUGUUUGCCCCCUCAGCUACAAGGCACUUGUCACUAUGCUAUUUCUGGCCUCAGUAGGAGCCGGUACUGGGUUAUUUUUGUCCCUGCUGCUCCCAGCCCCAGCUGAGGACUGACUGGCAUCCCCCUUCCCCCACCCAAGGUUGGGGAGAUUGUAGGAGGUGCCAGGCCCUAGAGCUGGGUGUCCGGCCAGUCCUGAACCCCUAUGACUGACCAGCCACAAGCUGUGCAGGUGACUGGGAGAGAACAGUCCUCAGGCCAGGGGUCUGCUGCUCUUCAUUCUGUGACCCCAAGAGAUGCUGUGGUCAGGCCCCAGUUCCCCUUACCCCUGGAAAAGUCACUGAGGGUGGGUGGCCUGGCCAGCCAGGUAGGGCAGCCGAUGAGGGAGCAUGUCCCACCUGGAGCACUGGAGCUGUGGAGUCUACACAGAUGGGGACAGGCCGAUACUGACAGUGCUUCCCACCUAGGGGCAGGCUCAGGCCAGUGAGGGAGCAGCAGUAGGGGGCAAUGACAUGAGGACGCCCAGCUUUGCUGAGCCCUGCUCAGGCACAGGGAAGAAGAGAUGGGGUCCUGUUGCCCCUCACCCUUCCCCCCGACACUAGCCUUCUACAGUGAGGGUUCCAUGGGCUGAGGCUGCUGGGCCUGCCUGCUUGCAUUCUGUCCCACCUCUGGGAGGCUCUGGUGACCUGGGGCAGCAGCCACUGCUACCACUGCAGACAAUGACAUGCUGAGCAGAGAGAGAGCCUGAAGAGAGGGGGUCCUGGGACCUGCUGUACACACAAUGUGGGCCUCACUCUGAACUCUGUGGCUGCCUCUCACCUUGUCUGUCCAUGCUAUGGGGGUCUUUGAGUUGCUGGAAAAGGAGGUAUUGGGAAGUUCAGGAUGGUGGGGGUGAGCAAGGGCCCUGAGGCGAGCAGACUCUUGGUCCCAAUAGGCUUGACCCUGAACCUGGAGUCCUGGAGCAGUGCUAUGGGUACUUCCCCAGAAUUCCACCUUCUCUGUUGUCAAUAAAGCCUCGCCCUCCAUGAUCUAAACUCCAGGUUGUUCUUAUUGGGGAGGCAGAGAUGGUACAGAGCAUGCUGGUGAACAGGGAGGACGGGGGCUGGCAGCUGUCACUACACAUUAAAGAGGUACUGUGGGCCCAGUGGGGAGGCCAGGGAAGGGACCGGGGCUGGCUCCUCUUCUUCCAGCUCAGGGGGACUUGUCCCCUUCUGCCUUGUCCCCUUCUGGCCAUCCCAACCUUUGGGUACCCAUCAGGCUUACAGCCCUGGACCCCGCCUCCACUCCCAGGGAUCU